AUGGGUGAGUGGAGCUUCCUCAGCGGCCUCUUCGAUGCCCUCCAGGUCCACUCCCCUAUGCUGGGCCGCUUCUGGCUGCUGCUCAUGCUGGUCUUCCGCAUCCUCAUCCUGGGCACUGUCGCCGGCGACUUGUUCGAAGACGAGCAGGGGGAGUUUGCCUGUAACACACUGCAGCCGGGCUGCAAGCAGGUGUGUUACGAUGAUGCCUUCCCCAUCUCCCAGUACCGCUUUUGGGUGUUCCACAUAGUCCUCAUCUCCACUCCGUCCCUCAUCUUCCUCAUGUACGCCAUGCACCACCACAACAAGAGGACCAUGCAGUUAGGCCAGCCAAGGUUCAGCCAGCUGGUUAGCAACGCCGCCAGAGAAGAGCGCCAUCUCCGACAGCUCUAUGUUAUAAACGUGGCCUUCCGUUUGGUGACAGAAGUGGGAUUUCUGGUAGGUCAGUGGUGGCUGUACGGUUUCCAGGUUGAGGCCCAGUUCCCAUGCAGCCGCUUCCCAUGCCCCUACACGGUGGACUGCUUCGUGUCACGCCCCAUGGAGAAGACAGUCUUCCUCUGUUUCUACUUCGCCGUGGGAGUGGUAUCUGCCUUGUCCAGUUUCGUAGAGCUCGUCUACGCUUCAUUGAAGUGGUUCCGUCCCACCGGGGAGCAGCCAGAGGAGCGGGUAUGCGACUGUCAGAAGCUCCGGAACCUGCAGCAGGAGGAGGUGGAGAUGGAGGAGGAGGAGGAGCAGAAAAGGAGGGGAAGGACCAUGUCCGAGGGUGGGAGUAGUAGCGUCAGAAUGAAGGAAGGGGCGGUGAGGGGCAGCGCCAGCAGGAAGGUGUCUAGCAUUGGACACAAGAGCGUCGGAUAUCAGGGAAACAACCAGAGCACCAAGACCAGUGUUUCUCCUAUAUUCAUUUAGCAGGUGCGGAAAUUGUUGCCACUGCUGCAAAAAAUGAUGAUGUAAUUUUUGGUUUUAAUAUAUGCCAGACACACUUUUAAAUGGAUAGUCGUUGACUCAGUGACUGGAAGUCUAUUGAAACGGCUAGCCUGUCGUUGCGCUAACGCUAGUAGAAAUCCACCCCCGCUACCCUUGCCACCACUGCUGAAACAAAUCCUAGGGGAAACACUGAAGACAGUUACGGUGUAAUUUAGAUUCAUUUGAAAAAAAAUCAUAUAUUCAAUUAGACAGUGGAUUUGAGUACAUUUUGAUUUGAUUUAUUAGGAUCCCCAAUCAUUUCUCUAGAAGUAAAUUAUCUCUCCAAUUUCAAUUACAACCGAAAGAGCUCAUGCUGUGUCUCUAGCCCUCACUCACCUCUUCUGUUUGACGGUGAUACCCUUCUGCUGCAGCGACUUCUCAUUGGCGAGCUGCAGGAGGGUCACCUCUUUGCGUCUGAACAGGCGGAUGAAGAAGGCCUUCUCCAGCAGCUUGUCCAGGGUAGUGCUGAAGCCAAUGACGACAGCUAGUUAAUGCAUUGUUGGUAUUGUUGGUACAACAACUUUUUCCCUUUUCGAUUACGGGAAAUGAGGGGAAAGGAAAUUGGCCCACACUUAAACGUAUUUUCAUUGGAUUUACACAAAUGAAGGCACCGUGAAAGGCUAGUUACUGUCCACGGGGUGUACAUCAAAUUGCAUCACGCUCACGCUACAUAUACAGGAGAUAGGCUCCUGCCCAAUGGGCCAUUCUGGCUUGGACCAGGCUACUUACUUACUUUAAACAAAGGAAAGUCAUGUGUAAUGUAAUGUUAUGAGGUUACAUGUAACAGGUUUGCAAUUUCAUGCAUUUGGAGUACUUUUUUUGUUUAUUCUUUGUUGGUAUUUAGACAAGUUAUUUCCCUAAAAUGAACAUAAAGGAAAUACUAUUUUCUCUAAUGUAAAUUGUGGCCGGAAAAGAUUUGUGUCAAUACUCCAUACAGGAACUGCUUGGAGACGAGACCUGUAAACAAGUCAUAACGAGACUGAUUGGUCAAGACUCAGGAGGAUGCAUGAACAACAGGGGGGGACUGAUAUUUGGAGCAUGUACACAAAGAAUCUCUGAAGUGCAUACAGUAUAGGCACAGUCAUAACUGUGGCUCCAUGGUUUCCAAUAAGGCCUUCCUACAUCCAGCCAAUGUAUUUCAGGGUUCUUGUGUGUGGACAGUGAUAUUUUCCAAUGACAUUCAAAUGUGCUGGAUUAUACCAAAGUAUUUUGCUGUUGGCGUUUACAGCAAAUGUCUUAUUCAUCUUGAUCCAUUUGAUGCAGACCAAGAGUGAGUUAAAAUGAAGUGCAAUACAGAUCAAAUAACUUGAAUUGAAUAUACUGUAACUUGGUAUGUGUGAUGUGUAUGAAUCUAGUGUGCAAAAUAUGACCUACAUGAGAUCCAUGAUUACGUCAUUUUCAUAAUUUAAUCUCUGCUCGACUGAACCUUUGCACCCGGUGGAAAGAGCCUGCUACAUAGUACUAUGCAAGGUUUUCCCGUUAAGAGUGAAUGAAGAAUGUUGCACACUGUCUGAUACCAUCGGUGUUGUGAGACUGAGUAAUAUCUUCUUUUCACUGGCAGUGAAACAUGUGCACACGAAUAUGCACAGGGGUAUGCAAAGCCGUUUUUGUGACAUGGAAAUAAAUGUUUUAGAAUCAG